UAUUCGGUAAAUACAAAGUAUUUGAAUUUACAAAUAACAUAAUAUGUAUAUGCAACCAGUAAUGCUAUAGAUGGAUUUAUUUUCCUUCAUUUCCAAUCCCAGACCGUGGGUUGCUAUAGUAACAUUUUUACAAACAUUGUUUGUGUUCAUCCCAGUUUUUGAAAGACGCGAAAGAAAUAAAUAUGUCCUACAGAGACGUUAGAAUUUUUAGAUUUUAUUGAAAUGCUUAGAGCAUUGGGAUAUCCAACUUUAGUUUCGAUGGAAAGUUUUCGUUUACCUAAUUUCCCUUUAGUAGCCAAAUUACUGGUCUGGUUGACUAAAAGAUUUGAUCCUGACGUUGACAUUCCCUUGGAGAUUAAUACUGAAGACGAAAGAGUUAAGUUGAUACGAAACUGUGCACAGUUUAUGGCCCUAAAAGCUGGUAUAAAAUUAAAUACCAAAAGACUUUAUCAAGCAGACGGAUAUGCCGUUAAAGAAUUGUUAAAAAUUACUACAAUAUUAUAUGAUGCAUUGGCCAUAAAUUUGGAAGAGAAUGAAGAUGACAAGUUUAAUGAGGACAACUUUAGUUUUAGAGAUUUUGAUAUAUCAGAUAAGGUAAACGAUUUAAAACUAUCUAGACAACUUGCUAGUGAAAUUACCACAUCGGGAGCUACCCUUUUUGAUCUACUAGGCAAAGAAGUCGAUUUAAGGUCGGCUCGUCUAAAAAGUAUUGGUAGACAAUUUGAGCUUUCCGAAGUAGAAGCUGGCGUUAAAAAAGCUAUAGAAGCUAUAAAUGAAGAAAUCGCUGAAACAAAACGGCUCAUUGAUAAUGUUGCAGCUACAGAAACUAGUUUAGAUUCGAAAAUUGAACGCAGGAAACUAGAGCUGGAUAGAUACGAAAAAAGAUUACAAACGUUAAAGAAAGUGCGGCCGGCUUUCUUAGAGGAAUUUACAAGUUUAGAACAAGAGUUAGAGCAGCUUUUCGUACAGUACUCUGUAAGAUUACGUUGCCUUAAUCAACUUGAGAAACAGUUUUCUGAAAUGGAACGUGUCCAGUUGGAAAAACAACUCCAAACCACUUCGCCUCGGGUGCAGACUAUUCCUUUGGAUAAAUUCGACGUCAAUGACGAUUUUCUGGAUAUCGACGAAGCUCCAGGUCAACGUCCCGGUGCUAUUAACCGACAGGAAAGACCAAGAGCCGGAACGGGUGGUAGAAAAUCCCGAGGAAAGACUUUUGGAUCUAUGCAGCCUCCUCUAUCUGGUUCUCAAUCAUCUCUCGAUCUCAGUUCUGACCCGGAAACGGACGAUCUAUUUUUAGAUAAAGAGGAACCGGAAUUGAUGCAUUCUGAAGACGAAUCACUGGCAUUAGAACUGUCUGGAAUGGAUCGGAUUGUAGCCUCUGGCAGGAAAACGAAUAAUAAAGUCCAGGAGCUUAAUAGUGAUGAUGAUUUUUAGAAGGAUUUUAAAAAUAGUUUGCUAAAGACAGUAAUAUCGAUUGUUCUCGUAGUUUAUUACUAAUAAAA